CAAACAGUUCGUAACGAAGAAACUGCCGCUUUUUAAGGAUUCGGUGAUAAACUGGUUGGCCAGGCCAUUGUUUACAAGUGGUUGCACAUUUUCUGUUGAGUUCGACGUAGCGAAAGCGUCAAAAAUAAAAAUUAUGUAAAAGGCGGCAGCAGCAGCAGCAUACCACAUAACCUAUAAAAUACAACCGCCUCGUAAGCGGGAUAACGAGUUUAAUACUGGAAAAUGGCUCCCAACAAAAAGAGUGAUUUGGAUAAACAAUCUUGGGCUUGGGUAGAAAUUGUAGAACCAGAUCAAGUUGAAAGAAUUCAUCUGGAGACUGCUUAUAGGAUCGGUCUGAAAAACUGUAAAAAUUGCAAACGAAACUGUGCAAACAACCCACAGUGUCUGACAGGCUUAGGUGAAGAGAAGUAUUUAAAAUCCCAACCAGCAAAAGUGGCAUCGUUAGAAAGCUCUCUUGUGGAACUACGCGAUCCUACGCAAUACGUUGGGCUACAAAAUUUAGGUGCCACGUGUUACGUUAAUAGUCUCAUACAAGUCUGGUUUCACAACGAAGAUAUGAGAAAAAUAAUUUACAAGUGGAACCUCAUGGAAGAUCCCGAAGAGCAAGAAGCACUCAGAGUUUCCGAGAAAACUGGAGAGCCUUACCAUCCUGUUACAGCAGUGGGACAACUACAGUAUAUUUUUGCUAUGAUGCAAUUUGGAAAUAGACGUCUUCUAGAUCCAACUAAUUUAGCUAUUGCACUCUCUCUGGAUACCACCACCCAGCAAGAUGCACAGGAAUUCUCAAAAUUGCUUCUCUGCCACAUUGAGGGAAAACUGCAGCAGCAUUUGGAACUAAAGGAAACACUGCAAAAACUUAGUCAGGGGAAAUACAGUUACGUAAAUUGUUGUACAACAUGUGGUACUGAAUAUUCAACUUCUACCACAUUUUAUGAACUAGAUCUUCAACUCGCUCCAACUUUAAAAGAAGCAAUUGAAAAGUACCUUACUGAGGAAAAGCUGACAGGAGCAAAUCAGUAUCUUUGUGCCACAUGUAACGAUAAAAAAGAUGCAAGAAGGUUUAUCCGUUUGGACUCUCUUCCAGAGUCUUUAAAUAUUCAACUUCUAAGAUUUGUUUUCAAUAGGGAGUCGGGUCAAAAAAAGAAGUUAAAUUCAUUUAUCCAGUUUCCAGAAGAUCUAGAUAUGUCUCAGUACCUCAGAUGCUCGCCACAAACCCAUCUCUACAGUUUAGUAGCCGUAUUGAGUCAUAAAGGACCAUCGGCUCAUUCUGGACAUUACAUCGCUAAUAUAUGCAGUGCUGAUGGAGAGUGGUAUCAGUUUAGUGAUGACAAGGUUGAAAAGAUGCAGAAUAAACGAAUAGAAGAUGGCAUCACUGAAACAACAAAAAAUGUCAAAAGAGGCAGAGUACCGAAAGGAUUUUUGUCAUCUAACACUGCGUAUAUGUUGGUAUAUAAAAGACUACCUUUUGAUGCAAAAGUCGCUGCAUCAAGGAAAGGAAAAGUGAAAAAAUCUGACACGGAAGGAAAUGGUAAUGGGAGCACUCAGUUAGAAAAGAUAUCGACUUUGGGAAACUUCAGUCCUGUGGAGAUAACAGAGGAUGGAAAGCGAAAGAGUCCUGAUCAAAAUUCUUCUAAAGUCAUUGAAUGCUCCAGCCCGGAGAAAAAGUCAAAAAUGGAUAUGGAAAAGAUGGAAACAGAUGUCAGUCCAGUUCCUAAUUCUAUCCAGGGUCCUUCAGUGAUCGAGCCACCAAUAGUUGACGAGGCAGAGAGUCAGACGGUGGACACCAGUGAGAUUUCUGUUCCUGGACAUGCUAAAAUGGAGGAACGCCACAAAAAGGUUAUCACUGAGAGUUCGGGAAUUGAUUACAGUACAAUGAAUGGAGAAACACAUCGAACAAUGAGCUGUGGCCAACGAGACUUCCUGGAAGAGAUGGAGUUUGAGAGGUGGCAAGUUAAUGGUACCAUGAGGGAACUAGUGCGACAGGAAAAUGUAAAACACGAGUUGAGUUUACUGGCUGUUCAGCAAGAGAAGCAAAAGGAAAUAGAAGAUCAAAACGAGAAGAGACAAUUAGUUAUAGACUUUUACAAUGCAGUGGCUAGUGCCACAUCCUGGGUUGAGUACCAUUGGAUACCGACGGACUGGAUAGCAAAAUGGUUGAGUUCCCAAUCUUCUACGGAAGGGGUUCCACCAAUUGAUAAUUCUACCUUGCUAUGUCCUCACUAUCGUCUCGAUCCAUUGAAAGUAAAUCGCGCUAAAUGUGUUCCUGUGCAAGCUGCAGAGUUACUCUAUGGGAAGUACAGGGGUGGACCAAAGUUGGAUCAAAAUUCUCUGUGUGAGAACUGUGUGAAGAGAAGGUGUAAAAUGUUAAGAUUCAAAAUGGCUCUGGAAAAAGACUACAAAGAGGUCGGAGAUUUGGUACGAAAUUUCAAAGAUCAACGAUUGGAGACAGGUUACAUCAUUGGUGCGGAUUCUUUGAGAUCGUGGCGAAGGCUCGCCACGGAAAAAUUCACCGAGUAUUUGGAACAUCAUGCACAAGAUGAUGAAUUUCCAGAGCACCAGGAAGAAUCCAAUAGUCGAAACGAUAGUUCAAAAGAAGUGGAGGAAUCCGAAGAGAAUGAAGUCGUAAUUAAUUUUAACGAGGACCUGCUCUGCGAGCAUUAUUCACUGAAAAGUCCAGAUUCCAGCCGGAAAGUCGUUCCUCGAGAAGUUUGGCAUAUUUUGAAGAAAUAUUUUCCUGACUCAAAGGAGUAUCCUGCAGACACUCCUGCCUGUUCGGUCUGCGAGAUGAAAAUACAAAGAGACCUGCAGAAUCUGUGGAGAAUCCACCAAAACGGGCAUGCCAAGAGGUUGGACAUAAGUCUGAUAAUGAGGAAAACUUUUUAA